CUCAGAUUUUCUUACUGCCAAUGUCCACUUCUUGUGAUUCUGUGCCUGAAGCAGCCCCUCAAAGCCAGCUGUCUAGUCCGUUAUCCAGCAGACUCAUGGCUGAGAAACAGCAGGAAGAGGCCGAAUGGGAGAGCGUGAACCGGCUGCUGCUGAAGCACGGCUUAAAGCCCCUGUGUCUGGUCCAAAGAAAAGAUCUCAAAGAGUUCAUCAUUUUUGACAAACAGUCAUCACAAAGGAUGAGACAGAAUUUGAGAACAUUGGUGGAAAAAACGGCGCGUCAGCAGACCUUGAUCCAAGAGCUUCUAGAAACUAACCAACAGCUUAAAAGUGAGCUUCAGCUGGAACAGAGCCGAGCCGCGCAUCAGGAACAGCGUGCUAACGACUUGGAGCAGAUCAUGGAGAAUGUGAAGUCCAAAGUUGGCGAGUUGGAGGAUGAGUCCCUAAACAGGGUUUGCCAGCAGCAGCGGAAAAUCAGAGAGCUGCAGAAGGAGCAGAAGGCUUUGCAGGCAAAAUGUCAGCAGUACAAGAGAAAGCGGAUGGAGCAACAAGAGGCUGUUGCUUCUUUGCAGAAGGAGAUCUGCAGGUUAACGAGGGAGGAGGAGGAGCGUGUUGUCACUCAAAACAGAGUGUUCGCGUGUCUCUGCCAGAGAGUCCCUCACACCGUCCUGGACAAACAGUUGCUUUGCCUGAUUGAUUAUUAUGAAUCUAAAAUUAGAAAAAUCCAUGCACAAAGGCAAUACAAAGAUGGAAGUCAGUCGGAAGAGGAGGAGCUGAGAGAGGCGGGUGCCUCGCCCACUUACAAAGGCCUCCUCACGUCAUUACAAAAUCAACUCAAGGAAUCCAACUCCAAGAUUGAUACCCUUUUAAGUGAAAAGCUGAACCUCCAGAAGGAUUUAGAAACCAGGCCCACACAGCAUGAAUUACAACUUUAUAAACAGCAAGUGAAGAAACUGGAAAAAGCCCUGAAGAAAAACAUCAAGUUACAGGAGCUCAUCCGGGCUAAGAACACUGAGGACUCGGGGGGAAAGGAUGAGCCGAGCCAAGACCCGCGCCAGCAGGCCCUCAUCGAGCAAAGAUACUUCCAGGUACUGUGUAGCAUUAACUCAAUUAUUCACAAUCCAAGAGCCCCAGUGAUAAUAUAUAAACAGAGCAAAGGAGGAGCCCAGCAUUUUAAAGAUACUGUUCCAGACUGUGGGUUUGAACAUCUUGUACCAGUGAUAGAAAUGUGGGCAGAUGAGCUGACAUCCCUGAAGGAUUUGUACAAGUCUUUGAAGAUACUGUCUGCAGAACUGACACCCUGGCAUAAUUUAAGGAAACAAGAUGGAAAUGAAGGAAUCAAAGUGGCUGAUCUGUUGUUUAUGGUAGAUACCAUGUUGGAAGAAAUUGAAAAUAAGGAAAAGCACAGCGAAGUGCCAAACUUUCAAACUUUACAAGCAAUUGUCUCUCAUUUCCAAAAAUUAUUUGAUGUGCCUUCUUUGGAUGGGGUCUAUCCCCGAAUGAAUGAAGUCUACCUGAGGCUUGGAGAGAUGCAUAGCGCCGUGAGGAACCUCCAGGAGCUCCUAGAAUUAGAUGGUUCUUCAUCGUUGUAUGUGUUGGUGAGCACAGUCGGAAGAUUGUGUAGGCUGAUUAAUGAGGAUGUGAACGAGCAGGUUAAGCAAGUCUUAGGACCUGAAGAUCUCCAAAGCAUUAUCAAGAAGUUGGAAGAGCAUGAGGAAUUUUUCCCCGCGUUUCAGGCAUUUACAAAUGAUCUUCUUGAAAUCUUAGAGAUCGCCGACUUGGACGCCAUUGUACCUGCAGUAAGGAAAUUAAAAGUACUUUCAUACUGAAAACAGAUCCAAUCAUUUUACUGUGUAAAUUGCAUUCUUCACAUUCUAAGAAUUGUGUAGGAUUUAUCUUUUUUGAGACAAGGGUUAUAAAGUGUGUUUGCUCUCUGAA